AUUACAGACUUGAGCGAAUUAGAAAUGUACUGCCAGGAUGAGGUUGAAAGGAAUAUAUAUAGAUUAGAAGAUAUUCAUACCAAGUUACAAACGUCUUAUCAAGAUAUUUUAGCUGUAAGUUUGCCUUAAUGUCAUCCUCGCAAAAAGAUACUUAUUGUGUUGGUAGAACCCAGACGGAGGAGCACCAGAAAAUGAAGAGAGCAUACUCAAUGAUGAAGAGACCUAUAUUACGUAAGAUUUCUCUCUCUCUCUCUUGUUUAUACUAAACUGUCAUGUAGUGGCCUAUUUGGAGAGGAUAUUGGUGAAGAUUACUUUGGAUUUAAAGAUAUGGGCCUGGAUAAAGAGUACAAUCUAGACACACUGAAUGUCCCCGCCAGCUUAUGGUUUGGUAAAAAUAAAGAAAAACUGAAUGUCGUUAAGCAUACUGCCAAAGAGCAAAAGAUUAAAUACCAUCCACCUCCAAGCUUCCAGCCAGUGACAUCGGAAAAGUCUAUUAUUGGUUUACUUCAACCCUAUUUUUCAAAACGACUCGCGGAUUCUACAGGUUCUGUGAUAGAAGAUGAAUUCUUACCCAAUCGCAAUAAAUCAAAGCCCAGAUACCCUCCCACGACAAAGAAUGUACCCGGUCGAAAGAAAAUGCCCAAAGAGGCGACAGCUGGUGGGGCUGGUGGAAAAGGCGAUAUUAGAAAAUACAAAAAAAAGCGACCAGUAGAAGAGAUUAAUGCAGAAAAAGCGGAAAAAGCAGAAAAGAAGAGGCUUAGGAUGGAAGAAAGAGCACAGAGAAUAGCUGAAAAAGAACAGAGACGAAAGAUGAAAGAAGAAUUAAAAGAACAGGAGAAGCUAGCUAGGAUGGAAGCAAAAGAGAAAAAGAAAGCAUUAACUAAGAAAUCGAAGCAACCAGCAACCAGUUCAAAAUCACCUAUGCAGGCAGAUGAAGAAGACGAUGAAUAAAAAAAAAAGUUUGGAAAGUCGUGUCUGAUAAAAGUCGGUGUUGUUACACUCUUUCAAGACUGAGUAUCUUGAGCUAUAAAAUUAAAUAAAACUACAUGCAUCUACAAGCUAUGGCUGUAAAGGUCGGAUCACUAAAAAAAAAGCCCUACAGUAUAGAGUCACACACCAAC